CUGUCAAUGUCUAUUGGGCUAUGUAAAUGGAAUAGUGAUUUUAUUUUCUUGAUUGAGUAAAUAUUUGGAGCUGAAAUUGGUUUUGUAUUGUUGUUUCUGUAAAAUCGUUUGUUGCAAAAUAAUUGUGCAUGUAUUUAAAUAUGUUCAAGGCAGAGUUGAACGGCGUAGACCCUGGAAGAUUUGCGAGUAACUCGCAAUCUAUAGAAUUUGGUCCAUGGCACAUAUCUUACGAUGUUAGCUGUAUACUGCCGAGUGUGUGUUCUACAAAGGUCGUUUGCGAACGCGAAGACGACCAAUUUUGCCAGUUUUGUAUAUACUGCAAAGAACUGAAGAUACCACAUUUUCCUGAUAUGGUGUUUCCUAAAAACAUUCUUAAGCUGAACCAUAAUAGUGGUGCACAGAUCUGUUUUAAUCCUCUUGAUUCUCUGAAGUGUGUUGCAAGCAAGAUGGAUGCUAUUGAAGUGUCAUGUGCUGAAGCUUGGCAGGAAGCCCGACCAGAUGCAACAAAACCAAAGCGGCCUUUUGAUUGGACAUUUUCAACUGAUUACAAAGGAACACUCACAGAUAAUAUUGUUGUAGAGCCAACCAGUGAAACAAUUGAUUUUGAUUUACUCAAACAAAAGGACCAAAUCCUUUUCUACCACGAUUUAACUUUAUUUGAAGAUGAACUUCAUGAUCAUGGAAUAUCUAAAUUGUCUGUGAAAAUAAGAGUAAUGCCGACAUACUGGUACGUCCUGCUGAGAUACUUCCUGAGAGUAGAUGAUGUGCUGGUAAGGUCCAAUGAAACCAGAAUGUUCCAUUUACUCAACUCUGACUAUGUCCUCAGAGAAUACACAGUGAAAGAGGCACAAGCUAAAGAUUUAAAUAUGCCUACAGCUCACAUGAAAGAAGCAGAUGACGUGAUACCAAUACUGCCAGUUAAAGAAAAAAUUACACACAAAUUAAUUGUGAAUAUACCUUCUAAAUAGAGUGCUUUGAUCUCCAAUAAUUAUAUUACUAAAUAAAAUAAGCUAAGCAAUUGAAUAACGAGUUAGUUAUUACGGGGUUGUAACUAAAUCAAUUUAUGAGCAUAUAAGGAACAAUGUAAUGGUUAUAAUUGUGAAAAGCUUGUAGUACCUACUAAAAGGAAAAAUUGCAAUUUACAAAUUAUACUAUGAUUAUGUUAUAUUAUGAUAUAAUUCGUAUUUGAAUAUUAAGUUUCUUACAAUGAAACCUUCCACUAUUAGUUAAUUAAAGAGGUAAUGCAUUGUAAGUUCUCACGCCAGAGGGCACCACUAGUGAAUAAAAAAAAUACAAGAAACCUGAACAAUUAUAAUUUAUAGUUAAUGCCGAUUAAAUACGAUGUUGUGUUUCCAGAAGUCGUAUUUAAAACGUUAUAUUAUUAGAUAGAUUCUGCCAAACUGUUUAAUCUUGAAUCUUGGGUGAUGCCCUCUGCUCAAGAGUUUGCAAGUUUAUUUAUGGAUUAGGAGGCAAACGAUCAGAAAGAUCACCUGAUGGUAAGCGAUGGACACCCGCAACACCAGAGGAUAUUAUUCCUUGUUGUCUAUUAAAGUCGUCACAAAAGAAUACGAAUGAAAAGGCACUUGUACUGAUAGAGAAUAAAAGUAUUAACUGUGUGUAUUCAUAAUACAACGGUGCUCUUUUAUAACUGCAGAAGCAAAAAUAAAGGUAUUAAAAAACCAA